CGGUGUUGCAAGCCUCCGCCGACCACGCCGGGUCAGUCCCGCAAAGGCGCCGGUGCGGUCCGCGCCUGCCGCGGUAGGUGUGCCCCGCAGGCUGGAGGGCGCCUGGAGGGUGUGCGCGCCCCAGAAGACGAGUGUGCGCCAGCCCGGGGGUGCGCGCCCGGGACCGGGACUGUACAUCGGAGGCUGCGUGCGCCCUGAAGCCGGGGUGUGAGCCGGCUCGCUCCUCGCGCCGGCCGCGCUGGACUCCCGCAGCUUGCCAAGGCUUCACCUUGACACUGCCAAGCAGGACACCUGCCUCCCCGUAGGAAUCGUCUCUUUACAACAGGACUUUGACCAAGGGCAACCCUCCCUGGCCCCAGAAAACUCCAGGCAAUUCCACAGACUCAUCAGAUGAAGAGUGCCUGAGAGAGAGACGGUCAGCAUUCCCUAAGAUGGAGAAAACAGAUGCCAGAGAUCAGAACUCUCAAGGGGAUGAAGAGAAAGAUCCGCCAAAGAGCCACCCUUACUCCGUGGAGACCCCAUAUGGCUUUCAUUUAGACCUGGACUUCUUGAAGUAUGUGGAUGACAUUGAGAAAGGACACACCAUCAAAAGGAUUCCUAUCCACAGAAGGGCUAAGCAGGCCAAGUUUAGUACUUUACCCCGAAACUUCAGCCUUCCCGAUAGUGGGGCUCGACCCCUUCCUGCUCUUCCCCACCAAAACUGGUCUCCAGUGGUGCCCGGGAAAGCAGAGCUUGAGACAGAGGAGCGAGCCCAGACACUGCUGCUCGGUGAUUCCUCUCAGGCCGCAGACAGUGGGAGUGAGGUGAGCUACCACAGGAAGGGCCUGUUGGCGGAAACCCCCAGACAGUUGGAGGCCGCUCUUCCCGAGGAUGCCGAGCUCACCCCUGGGAGCGGACGGUCCCAGCUUUUGAGAGCAUCCAGCAUGCCAGCCACGCUGCUGCCAAACAGGGCCUCGGAGGAGCCCAGCCUAAACUCAGCUCCACCCCCACCUCCUGCCCUCCCUCCACUUCAGGGUGAAGGCAGUGUCUGUGAUGGUGCCUUUGGCCCUGCAGAAGGAUUUGCAGAUUUUCACAGCUCCAGCCUGCGAGCAUCAAGCCAACUGAAAGUCAGAGAGUUUGGAGAGCUGGUGCCGGGAAUUCUGGAGCUGGUCCAGGAGUGGCCUGAGCCUCCAGAGGGCAAAGAGCAGGCUCCAAAUCACCUCUCCCUUCCAGGUUCUCCCUCUUCUUCCCAGAAUGCAUUUGGAGUUCUUGAGGAUGCCGAAGAUGAACGUGAAACCAGAGAAGCAGAAGUGGUGGUCACCCCUGGCUCCCCAACCCCAAGCCCCCCACCCAUGCCAUCACCCAUCCCUGAGAAUGAGCUCCCCCUUGAGGAAAUUGAGCUCAACAUCUGUGAGAUUCCACCCCCACCACCUAUAGAGGUGGAUGUGAGAAGCAUUGGCAUCAGGGUAACGGAAGAAAGCCUGGGCCUCGCCAGGGUGGAUCCCAACAGUAUCUCCAGCCUAAAGCAGCAGGUCACAGCCCUGGAGAGUAAGUUGUCUGGGAGAAUAGAGGAGCUGGCCCAGGUCAGAGCUGCCCUCCAGCAGCAGGAAGAGGAAGUCAAGGCCAAGGAGCAGAGGAUCCAAGAGCUAGAGUGCACUGUAGCCCAACUAGAAGAAAAGCUUAGCCAAGAGGAUGCCAAGGAUGUUCAAGGCCAGACUGAUGCCAUGGUGAACACUGACCCCCUCCAUGGACCCUUGACCAGGGAGUCAUGUGACAAGAACAUCGGGGUCAACCUUCUGGGCAUCACCGAAUCUGAAAGUUGGGGGGCCAGGGGAGAGGAGAAUGGCCUCCUGUUAUGGCAAGAUAGCCACAAACAGGGGGAUCAGAGCCCAGCAGAACAUGUGCUUCUUCCCCAGCUGUCACUGCCACAGGGACCCCAGACACUCCUCACCUCCUCUUUACAGAGCUGCCCCUCCACCGAACUCAGGAUUGAAGAAGCAGGCUCUGAGCAGGAGGAAGGUCCUCAGGAAGGACCUGUGGAUCCCACCAGGGUUGCAGGAAGCUCUCCAGGCAGCACCAGCAGAAAGAUUCCCUCCACAGGGAGGGGGGAGGCCAGUUCAGAGCUCCCAGGGAAGGAGCACCCAGAAGGGCCACCAAGCUCACCCACAGAUGCCACUAUAGGGCAAUAUGUCAAGAAGAUCCAGGAGCUCUUGCAAGAACAGUGGAACUGCCUGGAGCAUGGGUACCCUGAGCUGGCCAACGCCAUCAAGCAGCCUGCCUCCAAGCUCAGCAGCAUCCAGAGCCAGCUGCUGAGCUCCCUCAACCUGCUGCUGUCUGCUUACUCGGCCCAGGCUCCACCUCCAAAGCAGUCCCCGGACCCCUAUUCCUCUCCACCACUGGAGAUCUCCCCGUCGACCAGCCUUAAAUCCAUAAUGAAAAAGAAAGACUAUGGCUUCCGUGCAGGAGGUAAUGGGACCAAAAAGAACCUUCAGUUUGUUGGGGUUAACGGUGGCUAUGAGACCACCUCAAGUGAGGAGACCAGUGGUGAGGACAGCUCCCCUGAAGACCUGUCUGACAGUGAGGCUGAGAGGAAAUGUGACAUCCCAGAACACAGGCAGGGCAAAGAUGCCCACCCCAGUGAUGAGGCUGGGCCGAGCAUCCCUGAGGGCACCUGCAGUGCAGGUCAGCAAAGUGGGGCUGGGGAAGAAACCCCCCAUCCCAAGGCUGAGAGAUAUAAACCCUCAGAAGAAUUUCUUAAUGCCUGCCAGGCACUGAGCGAACAUCUGCCAGAAAUUGGAACCACCACGGACCAACACUUGAGGCAGAGCUUGCAUAUGAUCAAUCAGGAGUGGUUCCGCGUCUCCAGCCGGAAGUCGUCCAGCCCUGCUGUGGUGGCCGCCUACCUCCGUGGGGUCCAGCCCCAGUCCCCCCACUUGCUAAAGCUGCUUGUCAACCUGGCUGAUGGCAAUGGGAACACAGCACUUCACUAUAGUGUGUCCCAUUCCAACUUCUCCAUCGUGAAGCUGCUGCUGGAGACAGGUGUCUGCAAUGUGGACCAUCAGAACAAGGCUGGCUACACCGCCGUGAUGAUCACCCCCUUGGCUUCUGCAGAAACCGAUGAAGACAUGGCUGUUGUCUGGAAGCUCCUAAGAGAAGGAAAUGUGAACAUCCAGGCUACUCAAGGAGGCCAGACUGCGCUGAUGCUGGGAGUGAGCCACGACAGGGAGGACAUGGUCCAAGCACUGCUGAGCUGCCGGGCAGAUGUCAACCUGCAGGACCACGAUGGCUCGUCCGCCCUCAUGCUGGCCUGUCACCAUGGUAACACUGACAUGGUGCGGCUGCUCUUGGCACACCCGGCCUGCGACAGCAGCCUGAUAGACAAGGCUGGCCGCACAGCUUUGUCCAUCGUUCUGAAAUCGCCCGCCCAUGUGGAAAUUGCAGGGCUUCUGCGGGCCCACGCGGAGCAGGGCAGGUCCCUGGGGCCCUAGGGGUUGCGGGAAGAACUGGCAGGAGAAACAAAAGGCUCCUUCUCUGGACGCCUCCAUCGCCCUUGGAACAGGCAGGGGUCAUAGUCAGAAGGCCGCCCUUGGAGAGAAGAAACUAUGUCAAAUAUGCACAUACAUUCCUGUUGUAUAAUUCUGCUUAUUAGGAUGCUUUGUAGUUUUUGCCUUAGGCCAAGCCCCCAAACUACAAGGGGUUCAGAACAAGGAGCAAGGUGCAGGGUGCACUGGGGUCCUUUGAGAAUCCAAAAUGUCUACAGGCUUGAAUUCUGUCUGUACCCUUUGUAGCACCGUGUAGCAAGUGGGCAGGCAAGAGCACAUUAGACAAGCAAUACUUUUUACAUGGAAUUUUAAAGUGCACUGUCUUUUUGUUUUUUUAAUUGUUAUAUACAAUAUGUCCCAUUGAAAAUGCAUGACUGGAAAGGAUGGGGAGGGACCUACACAGCCAUCCUGGCAGUCACUCUUAGACGACCCUUGGAAAAUCACCAUACACAUGGGUGAAAACAAACAAGUCCCACUUGUGGACUUUGUUUAGAUAGGGUGAAUAGAGAAAUCUUAAACCCAGACAAGGCAGGAAAAGCACAUUGGCAUCAAUGCCAAAAAUAUGGUCUUGGCCAUUUUUGAGUCAUUGAGUGGCUUCCAUUUGUUCCAGAGAAAUUGGAAUUAAUCAGGAAAUAGGAAAUCCAAUACACCAAAUACCACAGUGUAUUUAGGCAGAGUCUAGUUAUAUCAGCUAUUCCAAACCUGGCAGAAGAAACAAAUGAAUCCGAAUGAGCUUCCUUCUGGGGAUAGGUUACUAAUGUCUAGAAACCACUACAUUUCCUCCACGGCCUUGUGGUGAUCCCUGGUCCUCUCCCUCCAUGGCCCCGUGAGCAAACACCUGCUCCCAGGUUUCCUGAGGCUCCUGACUGCAGAGCAUUCCAGCCUGGGGCCCGCGUGUGUGUGUGUGUGUGUUUGUGCCUCAAACUCAGUAGCUUACAUAAGGCUCUCUACCAAUUUCUUCUUUCUUAUCUUCUCUUCUGUGUAAGUCACCCUUACAUAAAAAGGAAAGACAUCAAAGUUCGGUGAGCCUUACAUUUGAAACUCAAAAGCUUGAGUUCUCAUCUUGCUGAUUUGCUUUGUGUUUUGGGUGAGUCACGCAAGUCCCUGGGCCCCAGUUUCGUCAUCUCUAAACACAGAAAUCACCAUAUAACCUACCUCUUGGAGGUGUUGCACAAGGAACAGCUGAUAGAAGCCUUGGAAUACAAUUUAUAAUCCAUAAAGGAUUACAGAUCCAGGGCAGCCAACUUCUUUAUGCUGUUGUGAUUCAUCAGAGAGGCUCAAAGUCCCAGCGCAGGAACCCCGGCAGGUGACAGUGCUGCUCAGAGGUGGAGAGAAUGGAGCAAACAAUGAGCUAGAAAUGCCUUAACUGGAUUUAUGUUGACCUCAAAUUACAUUUUAAGAGCAAAAAAACCUACAUUAAUAAAUGUUCUAGCCCAGUGCUUCUCAAGUGUUUAUGUGCAUACGAAUCACCUGCAGAUCUCGUUGGAAUGUGGGAGAUCUGGGGCGGGGCCUGAGAUUCUGCAUUUCUAGCCAGCCCCCAGGAGAUGCUGCUGUUGCUGGGCUGUGUCCACACUUUGAGUAGCAAGACUCUGUCUGUCCUUACAGUUGGAUAUUAAAUCGCUGCCUCUCCA